AUGUCGAAGAACAAGAGUCCUCAACAGACUCAAGCAGUUCUAGCAGGGAAAGAAGCUCAGCUAGGCAGCGUGAAGCCUGCGACCAAGCACGCCACCAAGCACAGCAGGCUCUUUGUGUCGCUCUUGCCGCCAAACUUCCAGAACUAUCCGCGUUACGUUACCUACGAUGUUGAAAAUUUUGCAGAAUGCUUUCGGAGGACACAUCUCAAGCACGAUGAAUGGCAGCGUGGCAAGCGCACCUUCGAGAUGUGGCCUGGAACGGGAAUUCCAAAAGUAGCCGGCCUCUGCGAAACGAGCAACUCGACCACGGCUUUGCAGGCUGCUGCUGGGCGUGGAAGGCUCGUCGGUCUCUUGCCCGCAGUCGACAAGCUUGACCGAGAAAAUAGCGCUUUCAUAGCAUCCUUCGAAAGCGUUCUCACCGAGCUCGAUAAAGAGCGUUCGAGUCGGGUAGAGCUGGAGCAACGCCAGGUUGAGAUGGAGGCAAAGCUGGUGGCUAUGGAUACGAAGUGGAAAGAAUUGAUGGAGAAUCAGCUAGAACAGAAAACCGAAUUCGAGCAGAGGCUGGAAGAAGUGCUGCAGAAGAUUGAUGGGAUCCAGCAGGGGCUGGAAGACUUGCAUCAGAAGCAGAGCAAGCCAUCGGUGCCAGGCGUGCAUCAAGGCAACAGCAUCGGAACGUCGAUGACGAGCAAUACACGGGAUGCAGGUCAGCAAACGACCGGACAUGCAGAUAUUGAACUCCCUGGUACGGGAGUGCAUAUCAACAAUCACCAAUCUACCACCCUGGAGUAUACCUCAACUCCUCAAAUUGACAAAGAAGAGGAAACCCCCUUCCAAGCUGCUUCGAUGAAGAGACUAUUGGCGUUCAAAGCAUUGGCGAGAAUGGACUCGAGCCUCAUGGGUGCCCUCGAUUUCGGCCAGAAGAGCGAGAGCCCUAAAGAGAUGAAGGUGAAAGGCGCAAGCCCCGAAAGCGUCGUUCAGAGUGCCGAUGUUUUCCACGAGGCGACGAACGAUGGCCAUCCCAAUGAAGUACCCGAUUCGAAGGAAAUUAUCGAAUCCAGGGAUGGUAGCGAGAAGACAUCUGAACGAAAGUCAGAGGCUAGUGAGGCUUCGGCUGUCGUCUCAGCAGCUCCCAUCAGCAGCAGCAGAGGUUCGCCGAUGAAAGGGAUCCUUAUCAAUCGAUCGGCCCACCGUGCUGCCGCUGUUUAUAGUAAGCUCAACCAAAAGCGAAUUUCGUCACCACAAGCGGCCUCAGCAGCUACAUCUCAGUCAGUGGUACCGAUUCACAAGAAGAGUGACUCGAACGACAAUGCCUUGAGUGGCAAAGAAGUCAUUGACCGCAAGACAUUUGCGGAGGACGACGUACCAACACUGUCACAUGAUGCUUCCUCGCCUGCGAGCGCAGCCAAUAUAGGACGCAUCGACGCACCAAUUGUCAUUAUCGAUACCGAUGACGAAUCUGCAGAUGACGGCGAAAACGUCUCGGCCAGCCUGGAUGGCGGAAUUAGUUGUCGAAAGGAAAAGGCCCAUCGCACGCCCAGACUUGACAAUAGUCCCCAACCUUUUUUUGAUGAUAAGGACGGUGACGACAUUGACAAGAAGCCGCCCGAGCCUCGGAGGAAGAGGAAGCCGGAAGGCCCUUUUCGCUUCGCUGAUGCAGACGUCGAGAUUCCUUCGGUGAAGAGAAGAGCGAAUCCUCACCUGUCCUCUUCUUCUCCUAUUACUUCGAGGUCACCUUCGACGAAUCCGGGUAUCAACAUGCCCAACAAGAUAUCGAAGCUUUCUUCGUGA